AUGACCAAAAUGAAAUUGUUCCUCGGUGGCCUGGCAGCGGCGCGGGCCUCGUUCCGAGAACGGAUUGACCAGCCGCAGUCGCAGCGCAAAAUGGUCCUCACAGUGGUCAGCAUUGCCCUGUUGCUAGACAACAUGCUCUACAUGGUGAUAGUGCCCAUCAUUCCAGACUACUUGGGCGCGCUUCAGUUGGUGGCCGAAGGGGUCAACGUGAGUCGACUGGUGGAGCAGCAGUUGGCGGCGACGGCGAACGGCGAGGCGAAACAAUUGCGCCUGCCUGUGCCCCACGUCGACGACGCCAAAGUGGGCACCCUGUUCGCCUUCAAAGCGAUCGUCCAGCUCCUCUUCAACCCGAUCUCGGGCACCAUCAUCGACCGGAUCGGCUACGACAUGCCGAUGAUGUGCGGCCUGAUGGUGAUCUUCGUGUCGACGUCCAUCUUCGCCUUCGGCCAGUCGUACGGGGUGAUGUUCAUCGCGCGUGGCCUGCAGGGCGUCGGCUCGGCGUUCGCGGACACCGCGGGUCUGGCGAUGAUCGCCGACCGGUACGUGGAGGACGCGGAGCGGACCAAAGCGUUGGGCAUCGCGCUCGCCUUCAUCUCGUUCGGCUGCCUCGUCGCGCCGCCGUUUGGCGGCAUUCUGUACCAGUUCUGCGGCAAAGAGUUUCCCUUCAUCACGCUCGCCUUCGUCGCCCUCCUCGACGGCUUCCUCCUCAUGGCCAUCAUGAAGCCGGUGCGCAUCGAGCGCACCGUCCUCAAGGCCGAGGGCAACCUGCCCCACGGCACGCCGAUCCACCACCUUCUGAUGGACACGGAGGUGGUCAUCUGCGCCGGCGCCCUCGCCGUCUCCAACGUCUCGCUCGCCUUCCUCGAGCCCACCAUCGCCAAUUGGAUGGCCGACGUGAUGCAGGCCACCAACUGGCAGAUGGGCCUCGUCUGGUUGCCAGCCUUUGUGCCACACGUCGCCGGCGUCUACACCACAGUCAUUCUGGCGGCUCGCUAUCCCCAGCACCAGUGGCUCAUGGCCACGCUCGGACUGGCCAUCGACGGCGUCGGCUGCCUCUUUGUGCCCAUCUGUACCAACUUUGUCGCUCUCAUGUUGCCCAUCAGCGUGCUCUGCUACGGCAUCGCUCUCGUCGACACCGCCAUUCUGCCCACCAUGGCCUACCUCGUGGACACCCGACACGUGUCCGUCUACGGUUCCGUGUACGCCAUCGCCGACUUCUCCUACUCCCUCGCCUACGCGUUUGGACCAAUCGUGGCCGGCAGCCUCGUCAAAGCCAUCAACUUCACCGGACUCAACAUCGCCAUCUGCCUCUCCAUCCUCGCCUACCUGCCCGUCAUGUUCCGACUUCGCAAAGUCUACUCGGCCGACGUGCCGCAUCGACAGCCGCACAACCCCGACUCCAAUUCCUCCCUCACUCUCAUCAACGCCAACGCCAACGCCAACGCCAACGCCAACGCCAAAGCCAACGUCGACGGCGACGGCGAC